UGCUCCGGACCACCGCGGGGCGCUGCUGCGGUCCAAACACCUUCUUCAGCUCCGUUCCCGGAAACGUGGCGAAGGUCAGGCAGUGUGCCGGUUGAGGAAUGAACGAUUUUGUUAUGAAACGUUUUAAUUCCAACCCCCCGGAGAGCCAAACCGAAGUCUGGAAAACUGUAACCCACUCGUCCUCUCUGUCGGUCGGGAUUUUGCUCGGUGACAUUAAAGACUGCGYACUGAACGGAGCCGAAAAUGCUGCGAACCAGGAAAUAGUCGMGGCCCACUCAAAAAGAGUGAAACACCGGCUCGACGCUAGUUUGGAAAAUAAGUUUUAUUAUAGUUAUAAUCGUGGACUUGAAGAGYAUCAUUAUUCAAGUUAGAAGCGCAAAUGACUGGGUGGAAAGUUCCCAAACACCGGAUCCAGGCUAAGAUUUGGAGGAAUUUAUUAUCCAGCUCUUUCGGCGGACAGCAGAGUCCAUGGUUUCGACCCUCCUGGGGUUGUGAGUUUGUUUUCAGGGAAUACAGUGACAACGGUACCAGAUCUGAGUCUCUAUACAAAACCAAGACGGGGUACUAUGACGUCCUGGGGCUGUCACCCUCCGCCACWCAAGCCCAGAUAAAGACGGCUUACUACAAGCAGUCCUUCGCCUACCAUCCGGACAGAAACGCCGGUAGCAAGGAGGCCACSCUCCGCUUCUCGAUGAUCAGCGAGGCCUACACGGUGCUGGGAAACAAGAGCCUCCGGAAGAAAUACGACCGUGGACUCUUAAGCCUGUCGGACUUACACGCCACGAACAAACACGCGUCUGCAAAGCACCGGGACUCCGCCACGCACCAGGCCGCGAGCAGGCCGUCCGCGGCGGGCAGAGCUGACAGGCUGCAUUUCCAGGAGUUUUACAAAGGUCACUACGGCAAGCAGCUGGAGAGGGAGAGACAGCUCCGAGCCAAACAACAGGAGCAGCAGAAGGUCCAGGAGGAAACCUUUGCGAACGACAUGGAUGACCAUGUCAAGUUUGGUUUGUUGUUCAUGGCCCUGAUAGCCGUGGGGAUUUUAUUCACUAUAAAAUAAGAAAUACACGCAGUGACACUACUUUUCUCUUAUAAGCACUCAUUGUYACAAUGAGCACAUACAAGAUGAGAGAAAGUCAAGAACAAGAAAAAUAUAAAUUAAAGAGUAUUUGAAGCUUUA